CUCGCCCCACCGCUUUCUCAGUGGUAAGGUCAACUUCAUAUUGGUUUACACAUUCAGUUUGCAUCGUGUAUGAGGAUCGCAAUUAUCGAUAUUUCAAAUAUGGCGUCAAAUACCGACAGUAAAAUUAGUAGCAGCAUGUCACUGUGGAUGAUAUUAAGUGCCUUAGUUUUGAUGUGGCCCAACUGUGUACUUUCCCUUGAUGGAGACAUCCGACUUGCCGAUGGUUUCUCUCCAUACGAAGGGCGUGUUGAGAUAUACUACGGCGGCCAAUGGGGGACAGUAUGUGAUGACGAAUGGGAUGAUCUUGAUGCACAAGUAGUUUGUCGACAACUUGGAUACAGUGGUGGAUCAAGUUAUCCCACAUUUGGAUCUGGAUCUGGAACUAUAUGGCUUGACGACGUUGGUUGUUAUGGGUGGGAAUCAAGGCUGGAGUAUUGUCCGAAUAGGGGAUGGGGCGUCCACAACUGCUUUCACUCCGAAGACGCAGGUGUUUCCUGCACUGCAAGUGGUUUAGAAGGAAGUCUCCGGCUCGUCAAUGGCAAUAGUCUUUACGAAGGCACGGUUGAGAUCUAUCAUGAUGGUGAAUGGGGGACCAUCUGUGAUGACAGUUGGGAUAACUCGGAUGCAAGAGUUGUUUGCAGACAACUCGGAUACUCAACUGACAAUGCUCGAGCAAGGACCGAUGGUUACUACGGACGAGGAAGUGGUUCCAUAUAUUUGGAUGAAGUCGGUUGUUUCGGAUACGAAAGCUUUUUAACCCAGUGCAGCAAUAAUGGAUGGAAUGUACAUGACUGUAGUCAUUCCGAGGAUGCUGGGGUGUAUUGUGGGUCAUCGGAUUAUCCACCCCCGGUGAAUCCAUGGCAUUCACGCAUCGUUGGAAUCAUGUCGUUUGUUGGUGUGUCCUUGUGUCUACUGACGUUGUUCUCAAUCAUAGCUGUCUGGUACACUUGUAGUCGACCGAAGCCUGCCACCAAUCCUACGACAUCUCAGCAAAUCCCUCUAGGAAACGCUACUUCUCAUCCUGCUGCUCAUAACACUCCUGCAUCUCCCGCUACAAACGGCAUGACCUAUCCUACUCAGGUCACAACUCAACCAGCCACUCAGCCACCACCAUCAGCUCCUCAGCAAACACUCAACAGCAAUCCAUAUCCUCCAGAAGCUGCGGCAAGGUCUGAGACGAGUCCUCCUGAAUAUAUGACCGUUGUGGAUUCCCAGACCGACACCUUACCUCCACCGAAUUUUCCCAGUGAAGGGGAUAUCCGCCUUGCAAAUGGUUUCAGACCAAACGAAGGGCGUGUCGAGAUCUACCACGAUAGCCAGUGGGGGACAGUAUGUAGGGACGGCUGGACUGGUCUUCACGCAAGAGUAGUUUGUCGACAACUUGGAUACAAUACUGGCGUUGAGAGGACGAACCUCCAAUUCGGAUCUGGAUCUGGACCAAUAUGGCUUGAUGACCUUUCUUGUGGUGGAUUUGAAUCAAAGCUGGAGGACUGUAGAAAUCCUGGAUGGGACAACCACAACUGUGUGCAUUCCGAAGAUGCAGGUGUGUCAUGUUCUGUCUCUGAAGGAGAUAUCACCCUUGUUGAUCUAAAUGGCUUCUCAAAUACAGUCGAAGGUAGAGUUGAGAUAUUCCAUAAUGGUGAUUGGGGGACUGUCUGUGAUGAUGAUUGGGGUCACUCGGAUGCCAGGGUAGUUUGCCAACAGCUUGGAUACGUUCUUGAUGAAGGUAAAGCAAAAAGUGGCGGUUCAUACGGAGUAGGAUCCGGCCCCAUACACUUGGAUGGAGUGGCUUGUUCUGGAUUUGAAAACGUCUUGACACAGUGCGACAGCAAUGGCUGGGGCAAUCAUAACUGUAUUCAUAAUGAGGACGCUGGUGUAGAUUGCUCUGUCUCUGAAGGAACUGUUCGCCUAGUUGAUGGACAUGAUAGAUAUGAUGAGCAUGCAGGCAGGGUUGAGAUCUUACAUGAUGGUCAAUGGGGGACCGUUUGUGAUGACGGUUGGAGUGACUCUGAUGCAAGAGUUGUUUGCAGACAGCUCGGAUACACGACUGACAAUGCUCAAGCUGUGAUCGGUGGUGUAUACGGACGAGGAACUGGUCCCAUAUAUCUGGAUGAAGUCGGUUGCUUGGGACAUGAACGCUCUUUAACGGAGUGCAGCAAUAAUGGAUGGGGUGUACAUAAUUGUGUACAUUCUGAGGAUGCUGGGGUUCAAUGUGGAGGCCGUCUUGAAGGAAGUAUCCGGCUCGUUGAUGGCAAUAGUAUAUACGAAGGACGGGUUGAGAUCUAUCAUGCCGGUCAAUGGGGGACAGUAUGUGAUAAUAGUUGGAAUGACUCUGAAGCAAGAGUAGUUUGUAGACAGCUCGGCUACCCCACCCACAAAGCUCAAGCUAAGACCAGGGCUAAAUAUGGACAAGGAACUGGUCCAAUACAUCUUGAUGACGUCGUGUGCUUCGGAUCCGAAGCCUAUUUAACCGACUGCAGCAAAGGGGAAUGGGAUGUAAAUUACUGUAUUCAUUCGGACGAUGCUGGGGUUCAAUGUGUGUCAACCACAGUUCCACCGUCGGUGAGUCCAUGGCAUUCGCGCGUCGUUGGAAUCAUGUCGUUUGUUGGUGUGUCCUUGUCCCUACUGACGUUGUUCUCUAUCAUAGCUGUCUGGUACACUUGUAGUCGACCGAAGCCUGCCACCAGUCCUACGAUAUCUCAGCAGAUUCCUCUAGGAAACGUUACUUCUCAUCCUGCUGCUCAUAACACUCCAGCAUCUCCCGCUACAAACGGCAUGACCUACCCCACUCAGGUCACAACUCAACCAGCCACCGAACCACCACCAGCGCCUCAACAAACACUCAACAGCAAUCCAUAUCCUCCAGAAGCUACGGCAGAUUCUGAGUCGAGUCCUCCUGAAUAUAUGUCUAUAGUGAAUUCCCAGACCGACACUUUGCCUCCACCGAAUUAGAACAAACCUUAACCGACCUCUUUUUUUUUUAAUUUAGAAAUGACAAUUGGAAGGGGCGGGGUCAAUUACAUGAACAAUUCUAGAAGACUCUUGAAUGGCCUCGGUGAAAUUAACAAUGUAAACAAAAUGGCUAAUCCUAUUGUGAUUUUUCACUGCUGACAGGCUCUAUUGUUUAGCAGUCUAUAUCGUCUAUCUUUUGUAUAUUCCUUAACAAAAAUUACUCAGCCUUAUAAAAUAGGCAUGCCUAUCAAAGCUUUACUGAGACAUUCUGGAAUAUUCUUAAUCAUUAUAUGCUGUGAAUAUCCUUAAAUAUGAAAUAACUGAAUAAAUGAAUGUAAUUGCUCUCACAAUUCUUAUAUUUAACAAUAGUAUUUCAAUAUCCCUGAGUUUUCAGAAUUCUUCUACUAAAAGAGAUUUUAACAAUAUCUAAGAACAACCUUUCGAGCGAUUAAAGACUGCCACUCGCGAUGGAGCGUUAGAUGUUUAAUGAAUAUUAUAGCAUUAACUUCAAUCACAGAAAGGAAUUUGAACACAACACUCCUACUGAUAACGUAUUUAGACAGUGAUGAAUAUUCAUUUGGAAAAAGGGUCAACCACAUAAAAGUGGGGCCAGGGAUGCCUCAAAUCAUGUUAUGCAAUUAACCACUGUUUGGUGGCCCUCCGCUCGAUACAUCAUGAUUGAUCCCUUAUUUAUUCUUUACCUGUUCAUAACUGUUUAGUGAAAAUGCAUUUUUAAAAUUGUACUUAAUAUGCUUCAUUAUUCAGUGUUAAGCUUAUGUGAUGUUUCCCUUUCUUUCAAAAUAGUGUUUGCUGGGAUGGACUUGUCCAUGAUUAACGUUGUUAAUAUGCAUGAAAUUGUGCAAUAUAUAUAGAAUUCAUCUCUUGGCUUAUAUCCCAUCUCGGCCUUCCGUGUCUUUUGGCCUCGAAAGCAUACAAUCAACUUCUAACUGUAUGUUCAACUCCAAAGCAUAUACCAUAUUAUAUUUAACUUUUUUUCAAGAGUUUCUAUACAUUUAUUAUAUAAUCAAAAUAAAUCUACAACAUAUAAACGUAACAAUGUGACAAUUUUAUAAUCGGAUAUAACAGUGUUUAGACUAGACAUACGUAAAAUAUUGUAAGUGAAGGUAUAGUCAUUAAAUAAAACAAAAGAUACAAAGGGUAACUAAAUUGAUAGAAUGUUUGAAUUAUUCCAGCCAGCAAUUUAACAUUUUAAAUGGUAACCACCGACAGUAUCAUUGCUUUUUAACCGAAUCAUUGCUUUUUUAAAAGUAUCAUUGCUUUUUAACAAUCAGCACCGUCCUAAUAACACACACACACACACAAAGAAAUCGUGCUACAAAAGGAUCGGAUUUCUUCGUACGUAUUUUCUGAAACCUUUUUAAAGCGCACAGUAUAUUUCGAGGGGCAAUUCCUGCCAGGUACCAAUUAACACUACCAAGGAAGAAUGCAGCAUAAUUUAAAAGGGAAUGAAUACCCUGGAUAAAUUAUACUUAAACAAGUCAAUUGUAGGUAAAUUUACAUGGAGGUUUAACUGGAGGUUGAUGAUCGAUCUGUAGGUAGGAGUCCCUAUGUUUACGUACAUCCAAGUAGAAUCCACAAAUUAGCAUUGAUUUAUCAAUCAAUAAAU